AUAUCCUUGCACUGGGUAACCCAGGAGUCUCUUAGCACCUUACCAAUAAGAGCAGAGGAGCGGUCAUCUCGUGGCAGUUCAGCAGCCUGUUCCUGAUAUUGUCGCAGGCAUCUAAAAGUCAAGACUGGCCAUGAGUGAGGUAAAGGAUAGGGAUUGUGAUCCCCAGAACUCCCAUGUUGACAGGAGAUGGGACAGUGAGUUGUCAGUCCUCCCAGACAAGCUACAACAGAGACUGAUGCCAUUCCAAAAGGAGGGAGUCAAAUUUGCCCUAUCAAAGAAUGGAAGGUGUAUGAUCGCAGAUGAGAUGGGUCUAGGGAAGACGGUGCAGGCUAUCUCUGUGGCCUACGCCUACAGACAGGAGUGGCCUCUGCUCAUCGUGGUGCCCUCCUCUCUAAAGUACCCCUGGAUCGAGGAGAUGGAGAGGUGGAUCCCUGAGCUCAACCCUGGAGAUAUCAACCUGGUGGAGACCAAGAGUGACACGCUGGGGAUCAGUAGCAGUAAGGUAACAGUGUUGGGUUACGGGCUGCUCACCACAGAUGCACGCCCCCUGGUGGAGGCUCUGACCAGACAGAGGUUUAAUGUGGUGGUGGUGGAUGAGUCCCACUACCUCAAGUCCAGGAACGCAGCCAGGUCUAAGAUACUGGUACCACUCAUCCAGAACGCCAAGCGGGCCAUCCUACUGACGGGCACCCCGGCCCUGGGACGGCCAGAGGAGCUCUUUAUGCAGAUAGAGGCUCUCUAUCCUAGGAUGUUUGGAACGUGGAGUGACUACGCCAAACAAUACUGUAACGCCCACUACAGGGUCUUUGGUAACAGGAGACAGUGGGACUGUCGUGGUGCCUCUCAUCUAGAGGAACUCCACCAGCGUCUCAGUGAGAUCAUGAUCCGGAGGCUGAAGGUCCAGGUCCUCCCCCAGCUACCCCCCAAAAUACGCCAGCGCAUCCCCUUCGACCUGCCCAAAGAUGCUGCCAAGGAGGCGAGCAGCAGCUUGGAGGAGUGGGAGCGCCUGAUGAGGACGAUGGGUUCGGGGGUCUCUGCCACGGACAACCCCUUCACUGAAGUCAUGGGGCUCGUGACACGCAUGUACAAACAGACCGCCAUCGCUAAGGCCGGAGCAGUGAAAGACUACAUAAAGAUGCUGCUGGAGACUGAGAAGUUAAAGUUCCUGGUGUUCGCUCAUCACCUGACCAUGCUACAGGCAUGUACCGAGGCUGUCAUCGAAGCCAAGGCCAGUUACAUCCGUAUCGAUGGCAGUGUUCCGUCCUCAGAGCGUAUCCACUUGGUUCACCAGUUCCAGAAUGACCCUGAGACGCGCGUGGCCGUCCUCAGCAUACAGGCAGCUGGGCAGGGCCUGACGUUCACGGCAGCCACUCACGUGGUGUUUGCUGAGCUGUACUGGAACCCUGGCCAUGUGAAGCAGGCUGAGGACCGGGCGCACCGCAUCGGACAGACCGCCUCCGUCCACGUGCACUACCUCAUCGCCAAGGGAACCUUUGACACCGUCAUGUGGGGCAUGCUCAACAGGAAGGAAACGGUAACGGGCAGUACUCUGAACGGUAAGAAGGAGUACUUAAAGGCAGAGUUGGGGGAUAAGGACAAAUGGGACUUCCUGAAUUUCGCCGAGGCGUGGACACCAAGCGAGACGACCCUUGCAGCAGGAGGAGUGGUUGACAAUGACAAAGAUCCCGUGUUCUUUAACCAUUUUGAGAAGGACAAACAGCACGACAUCCGUUCGUUCUUCUCUCCGGACGCGGGAAAAGAGAAGAAGAGGAAAAGAACAGAGGGUGAGGUUUGCCUUUCCCCCGUUACCCCCUCAGAGAAGGAGGGUUCUAUAGAUGUGGAGAACUCAGAGAGUGACAAGGAGAAAAACUACAACUCCCAAGAUCCCCCUGACCUCCAGGACCUAGACUUCUCUCCCCAGGUGAAGAGGCUGCGGCUGCCCACCUCCACCCUCACCCCCAGUGCUACCCACAGCCCCAGGUCUCGUCUUGGGGGGAAAAGGAGGUCCCUCCAUGGGGGGAGAGACACCAGUAGCAGCCCCCUGGCCUCUCUGUUUACCCCCCGUCGGCUCUCUGAGAAAGGGACCCCGCAACCAAGGUUGAGCCCCAGACCAGGACCACCAGAUCAGGGGAAGGGAGAUGAGUGGAGCUGUGGGGCCUGUACUUACUCCAACAGCAUCCUGCUCCUUUACUGUGAGGUGUGUGAGUCCCCACUCCACAGGCCCAGCACUGCUCCAGACACACAAUCCACAGGUUCACCUGCUGUGUCCCCAGGCUCCAGGCCUGAUCAGUCCACCCCUAGAGAACACCCCUGGAUCGUCCUCUCUGGGUCGGACAGCAAGCAGGAGGACCCCCCCUGUCCUGGUCCUGCCUCUCCCAGGACAACUGAACCACAGACGGACGGUCAAGAGAGAGGGCAGGAGGAGGAAAGACAGACAGACGGUCAACAGAGAGAGCAGGAGGAGGAGAGACAGACAGACGGUCAACAGAGAGGGCAGGAGGAGGAGAGACAGACAGACGGUCAACAGAGAGAGCAGGAGGAGGAGAAGCUCAAAGGCAAACAAUCACCAGGAGAGGACCAGUCAGGCCCUCAUGAGCACACUGAUGCCCAGACAGACAGUGUAUUUAGUCCUGCUGAUGGUGAUGCUACAGCCAGUCUCCCCCUGUACCCCAACAUGAAGUUCUGCGCCAGCAAGAACACUGAGCGUAUCUACCUUUACUCCCAGGAGGACAGUCCACUGCACUGGAAUUUCAUUCCUCUGGACAUUAAACUGGACAGCUGGGAGGACCUGCCUGAAGCCUUCAGACGCAGAGAGAACAGGACACAGAUAUUGAGGUUUGUCCAGCAGUGGAGCACUCUGACAGCCAUGAAGCAGAGACUGAUCCGCCGCAGUGGUCUCCUGUUCUGCAGCCCAGUCCUGGUCCUGGACCAACUGACCAGCACCCAGCGCAAACACAGCAGCACCAAGAGGUAUCUAACCAAAGAAGAUGUGUCCCAGGCCUCUCUCAGUAAGGCCCAGUGUGAUGGAGGAACUGUCCGCAUGGUCAACAAGGAGAUCUUCUUCACCAAGAGGAGAACUGCCUCUAUGUCACGACCCAACACCUCUGCCUCCGUCCCAGAGAAACCAUCCGAGGUGCACCCAGAUCCUCCUGUUGGUGCUCCUGAGGGCCCGUCAGAGGCUGAAGCUGGGUACCUGCAGGUGCUGGACAGUGAGGGUCGACCCUUGUGUCUGUCCUGCCACAAGGCCUGUGGGUCCACUGGAGGAGCCUGGGACACCUGCUUCUGUAGCCAGACGUGUCAGGAGGAGUUCCAGCUGCGCUCCAGCCAGGCCUACAUGCGUGCCCGGGUACUGCAGACGGAGCAGGGGGUGUGUCAGAGCUGCGGCCUGCAAGCCCACCAGCUGUACCUGAAGGUCCGCGACGCCCCGCCCACAUACAGGAAGGAGAUGCUAGAGAACACCGGGCUGGCCCAGCUGUCACUCAAACAGCUGAAUGAGAUGAUCCGUGCCCCCGUGGAGGGUCAGUUCUGGCAGGUGGACCACAUCCGACCCGUCUACAGUGGGGGAGGACAGUGUUCCCUGGACAACCUACAGACACUCUGCACCAUCUGCCACAGAACCAGGACAGCUCAGCAAGCCAAGGACAGAAGCCAGAUGAAGAAAGGACUGGCAGCCUCCAAGGUGGCUUCAGACAUCACUCGCUUCUUCAUAAAGAAAUGAACAUGUUUUCCUCAACCGAGGAAGGAGGGGAAGUUGGGAGGAGUACUGAGUGACAUAGGAAGGAUGUUUCUUCAGUGUGUUGUCAUCUCUGUGAAGAAGGCCACACGUCACAGUUGGUUCUCAAUGCUGCCACUGCUGUCCGUGUUCUGGAUUCACCAGCAAUCCAAUGUAAAGGAACGUCGCCUCCUUCCUUUAGUGACACCAUGUUCAAGUUGGAUCAUUGAGAGUGUUGAUGUGAAGACUGUGCUUUCAGGGUUGUUUUUGUUGAGUUACCUGAAUAGAUUUUGACUAAACAAUGCUGCCUGUAUCACAUGCAAAUGUUCCAAAUGAGCAGCUACGCUCCUUCCCAUGUUGUCCCCGAACCGUCAGCAGUGAGCCUGGGUUGAUUUAUAACGGGCUUAUCUAGCUCAGAUACAGGCUGAACUGAACCAAGCUGGGCAGGCUGCUGCCUGUUUGAAUUGCCAGCCUGCCUGCAUGCCUGCCGAGCGCUCGCUGCUAUUUUAGGUUGUGCAAACUUGGUAGAAAAACCCUGAUAUGUGUGAUGCUCUAGUUUACAUCUUGACAGGAUAUCACAAGUGUUUUCCUUCAUGUCCUCUACAUGUAGUCUAGAUGAUAGUGUCUUUAUGUCCUCUACAUGUAGUCUAGAUGAUAGUGUCUUUAUGUCCUCUACAUGUAGUCUAGAUGAUAGUGUCUUUAUGUCCUCUACAUGUAGUCUAGAUGAUAGUGUCUUUAUGUCCUCUACAUGUAGUCUAGAUGAUAGUGUCUUUAUGUCCUCUACAUGUAGUCUAGAUGAUAGUGUCUUUAUGUCCUCUACAUGUAGUCUAGAUGAUAGUGUCUUUAUGUCCUCUACAUGUAGUCUAGAUGAUAGUGUCUUUAUGUCCUCUACAUGUAGUCUAGAUGAUAGUGUCUUUAUGUCCUCUACAUGUAGUCUAGAUGAUAGUGUCUUUAUGUCCUCUAUAUGUAGUCUAGAUGAUAGUGUCUUUAUGUCCUCUACAUGUAGUCUAGAUGAUAGUGUCUUUAUGUCCUCUAUAUGUAGUCUAGAUGAUAGUGUCUUUAUGUCCUCUACAUGUAGUCUAGUUGAUAGUGUCUUUAUGUCCUCUACAUGUAGUCUAGAUGAUAGUGUCUUUAUGUCCUCUACAUGUAGUCUAGAUGAUAGUGUCUUUAUGUCCUCUACAUGUAGUCUAGAUGAUAGGUUUUCUGUGAUGUCUACUGUUUUAGCUGGAGUCUUGGAUUUGUUAGACUGAGCAUGAAUGGAUGAACAAACUCGACUGAAAUGAAAAUAAAACUCUAUUAUUCUCCUGUUGA